CAUUAGUAUUAUGUUAUUUUGUUAUGUUAAAAUAACAGGAUGUUACAACAGGCGAUGGUCCUUAUUUCCAAAACGUCCAUAACAUUGAAAUGCUGCAUGAUGGUGUUCACGACUGGGUUGGUGGAGACAUGGACGAACUGCCCUUCUCCGCCUUUGAUCCGGUCUUCUAUAUGCACCAUGCAUUCAUUGAUUAUAUAUGGGAAACAUUUAGAAAGCAUCAGCAGAAAAGCUGCAAUAUUAACCCUGAAACAGACUGGAGACCAGAAAAUGACCUAUGCCAAAAGGAUCGUGAAGAUCAUGGACCAAACGACGUAAUGUAUGGUUAUACCCAUCUCCGUAACAUUGAUGGCUGUUGGAAUAACUUGACAAAAGUAUUUUAUGACUACGAAGAGCAACCAAAAUGUCCAAAUUGUGGACAUUCGGAGUACCUUUACUGCGAAACGGCAUCUGAUCCCAGUUUCCCCGAAGGAAUAUGCCUCACAAAAACAAAGGAAGCAUGUACAAUGAAUGACAAUUCUUUAACCUACGGGAAUAACUUUGAAGUACAGAGCGUUUUGUCGCAUUUUCCGACAGUUCCUAAUGUUGACUUGCUUAAAGGCAUGGCUGGCGACGGGAGAAGCAGGGAUAUGUCCUUGAUAGAAAGCAACAAAAUCUUACAGGCAGAAAUAGCAAAGGGUGUAUCGAACAACUGGAGCAAAACUGUAAUUGUAAAAGUAAAUAACUCGUUUCUCUCUCGCUACAGCAUUAAGGACCCAGACGGAAAACCAGACAGUCAAGAAUACACAUUGUCUCUGCAGGAAUGCACGAGCGGAUGUGUCGGGCUGACAGUGAUUGGACUGGCUGCCAUAGCGCUGCUUAUGUUUACAAUCAUAGGACUUUGCUUUGUUAACAGAUAAAAGGAGUUUAAGCGGUUAUUGUUUAUGGAAAUAUACAUUACCAUUUGUAACACCAAAUAUUGUUUUUUUUUUUUUUUACAUUUGUAUUUCUGUCAAAUACUGAUAUAUUUUAUCGAGUUUAAGAUUAUUUUUUACAUAUACAUUUCUGUCAAAUAUUGAUAUAUUUCAGCGAUUUUUAGAUUCAUUAUUUAAUAAUCAUUUUAUCAUUGAUGAAACACGACGAAGGAAAAAAAUGAAACUGUAUUCAUUUAGCCUUGACAGUAACAAAGCAUUAACAUCAAACGUCACGUAACGGGUACAUUUUGCUGCUGGACGCUUUGAACUUAUAGUGCCAUCUGCAAACCAUUACCUUCCGCAGGUGGAAAAUAUGAAAUAUGACCAUAACAUCGGAGUUGAUGCACUUAUUACGAAACUGGAUUUUAGUUUUUGUGUAGUUAUUACUGAUUGUUUUUCCUUACCAUAUUUCAUAGAAACAAAGUAAUCAUUCUACAGUAUGAUCUAUUUUCACUGAAAGAAAAUAUCAAAAUUAGAAAGAAACACAAACAACUGUGGUAUUAGAAGUUAUUUUCCUAAGUAUUACCAGUUGUGAAACUGUUUCAAAACAUGUACACUUUCAUUUACAUAAUACUGCUAUAUGAUACAGGUUUUCUUUCAAUGUAUAUGAACCAAGGUAAGUUCUUAUGACACAACAUAUUGUUAAAAAAGAUGUUUUAUGUUCUCCACGAACUACACCAUCGGCAGGCAAGUGUAUAUUUGUUAGGCAAGCUUUAUAUUUCCAUACACAAUAAUCUUAAUAAUUGUGUAAAAUUUGAUACCUGCGAAAUGAAAAUUCACUUAAAGAGAUGUAACAAAAUGUUUAUGAUUUAGCUAUAUUCACAAAACUAAUAAAUAUUUUACAUUUGAUAAUUUUAUUUAGAUACUAAAAUUACACUCGCAUGCAUAAAUUCACACCGAUGUGUGACAUUUAAUUUGAAAUCACUCUUAUGUUAUGAACUUGUUGUGGUUUAUCUCUUUCAACAGACCACCCAUGCCUAAAAACCACCAAGUUUUUCCACCCUUUGUACAUUUUAUGAUUUAUGCUUUCAUUUAUAUAUAUUAUAUGUACGUUUUAUUUCACUAAUAUGUUGGAAAAGGCAGAUUCUUUAUGACAACAGAGUUAAGAGAUAUUUCGUUACACACCUAUAAUGCAAUUUUGCAGCCUAAUGAUCCAUAAGAACAUAUCUAUGAUGGGUGUGAAGAAAGCUCUUUCCUGUUUAGCAAACAGCUAUAUAAUCGUAACCAAAUUUCUGUUGUUUUGCAUCAUUUUACAUCAGUCAUAAACUAUUGUAUCUACAUAUAUUAGUUUUUUCCCGGUAUUUAGACUCAAUUCUAUUAUUUCAUUAUCAUUUUGGUCCAACAAGUCCAUCUAAUGUUUAAGGUAAUUUUAACAGAUUCAUUCUAUUCGUCAUGUCGGCUACACUGGUUUACUUUCCCAUUAGAUAAGAACUUUCUUUUACACCAUUAUGUAACCAUAUUAGGAAAUUACCUCAUAUUAUCAAGUAACAUGAUCACUUUCAGAUUGGAAGCACAGUGCUCAGUGAGUAACAUGACGAAAAUGGCCAUGUUACUUUUCCGACUGUUUAUUAAAGGAUUUUGCCUCAAUAUUUACCUUUAGCCUACAGACAGCUAGUUUUAAAAAUUGUUAUAAAAGUUUUGUUAAUAAAUGCAUUAUCAUUUC